UGCCAGCGGGACUCCUGGCUGGUGGACAUGGCUGCUUCCCGGUUACCCCCGGCGACGCUAACGCUAAAACAGUUCAUGAGAAGACAACAAGUUCUCCUUCUCUAUAGAAGGAUUUUGCAAGCAAUUCGGCAAGUUCCAGAUGAUUCUGAUCGCAGAUACCUGAAGGACUGGGCAAGGGAAGAAUUCAAAAGAAACAAAAGUGCCACUGAAGAGGAUACAAUAAGGAUGAUGAUUACUCAAGGCAAUAUGCAGCUCAAGGAGUUAGAAAAAACACUCGCUUUAGCAAAAUCUUAACUAGAGCAUUGUUCUGAAGGAUUUUCAGUCUCCAUGUGUUUUGUUGAGUUUAGUCGAAGUAUUUGUAUGUACAGUACUUGGGCAGAAUAUCAGAAGAUGGAGCAUGGUAUAUCAGAGAGAGGAAAGAAAAGCACAUCAAGAUAAUUGCCUUAGCAUUGGAAAACAUACCCUGAGUUUUGAAAAUGUUUUUGGAUGUAUCACAGUUUUUGUAAGAAGCAAAAACCACUCUAAUAAAUGGCCAGUUAGCGCAUGAGAAGAUGCUUAACACAAUCAUCAGGGAAAUGGAAAUCAAAACCACAAUGAGAUAUCACUUCACAUCAACUAUAAUUAAAAGGGGAAAUAACAACAGAUGUUGGUGAAGAUGUGGAGAAAUUGGAACCUUCACACAGCUGGUGGGAAUGUAAAAUGGUGCAGUUACUUUGGAAAACAUAUAAGCAGUUCCUCAAAAGGUUAAACAAAGAGUUACCAUAUGGUUUAGCAAUUCUACUCCUAGGUCUAUAACCAAGAGAAAUGAAAACAUUUCUAUAAAAAACUUGUACGUAAAUGUUCAUUGCAGUAUUAAAUGUUCAUAGCAGUCUAUAAAAAACUUGUAGAUAAAUGUUCAUAGCAGUAUUGUGUGUAUAACAGCCAAAAAGCGGAAACAAUACAGAUGCCUAUCAGCUGAUAAAUGGAUAAAUAAAAUAUGGCAUAUUUAUACAAUAAAAUAUUAUUUGGCAAUAAAAAUGAAGGACUGAUACAUGCUACUUAUGGAUAAACCUUGAACACAUUGUUAAGCGAAAGAAGCCAGUCACAAAUCACAUAUUGUAUGAUUCAAUUUAUAUGAAAUAUCCAGAAUAUAGUAGUUAGUAGUUGCCUAGGGCUUUGGGUGGAAUGGAGAGUAACUACUAAUGGAGAUGGCAUAUCUUUUCAGGGUAAUGAAAAUAUCCUAAAGUGAGAUUGUGUUAUUUGUUGCACAUCUCUAUGAAUCUAUUCAAAUCUAUUGAAUUAUAUGAGGGUACUUUAAAAAGUUGAUGGAAAAAUAGAGUUAAAAGAUAAUACAAAUCUUUCCAUGAACAUUUUGAAGUACCCUCAUACAUUUUAAGUGUAUGGUAUGUGAAUUGUAUCUCAAUUAAACUGUUUAAAAAAACAGUAUGAGAUGUAGGACUGGAGGUAUACUGACCCCAGGAGAUACCCUGGAACUUUCUUGAAAAGUCCUUUUUCAUUACCCCUCAGGGUUGUAGAGGUGUGUUUUUCAGGUGUGUCAUGGUUUAAAAGAGGACUCUCCAAAAAGAUCAUCAUUGGGAAUCUGGACCUUUGUUGGAAAGAAAAGAGAAACAGAAGCUUAAGAACAUCGAAGCACUUACCAAAAAGGAGAAGACUUUAGGCAAAUUCUGAAUGAAACUUCUGUGAUUGUCUUAACAUCCAGAUGGAAAAAAGUAAAAAAAUCAUUAAGGGAGAUCCUUGGUGCAUUAGGUUCUCCUUCAGUGACAGGACAAAGAGAAUUUGAAGAAUCCAUCAGAGACAAAUACAUCACAACCAAAGUUAACUUCAGGACACUUUUGAAAGAGAUCAGCUUUCUAACAUACAAUUAAUUUAGUGAAAGAUGUGAAAGUGAAAGCUUGUGGAAGGUGCUGGGACUGGCAGUUCUGCAGACUGAAGUCCUCUGUUCAUCAACAACAGAGCUAGGAAGCUAAUCCAAAAAGCUGACCAGCAACUUAAAGAUGUAGACAAAAUUUUGCAGUAUGAAAAACGGUAUCUAGUACUGGACUGUAUUAGAAGACAGGCAUAUAAACUGGUGGCGGCAUAUGUUGAUGACCUGGAUUGCCAGGGUCCACCCCACCUCCAUAGCCUUAGAACCCAUAAGAUGAAGUAACUCUGAAUACUCUUCCGCAGGGGUAAUCUAAUUCAAAAUGCUUGCAUGAGCCUACUUUCAGGUUGUUAUAUAGAUUUACAUUAGCCAACCCAUGCAAGAAGAUGAUCUGACAAACUGGGGAAGCAUUUGUGCACAGUUUCUAAAAAAAAAUACUUUGGAAGUUUCUUUGUGUGGCAUGUUUGACAUACACAAAUAUAGGCUAUCUCUAGUGAAUCUAAAAUCUGUAAAAAAAAUCAUUUAUGAGGUGUAGAAGUUGGUGAUUUGGGUAAUGAUCUUCCUAACAAUGGUGUACAUGGAAGAGUUUUAAACUGCAUUUGUGGUUUGAAUUUGCAAGAUGCAAAUAUCACAUACUCCAAGAAAAACUAAGUUGGUAUUUCUUUUGAUUUUGUUUUUUUAAGCAGGUAAAACACUGAAAAUUGAAUUCUUAUCUUCGAGAGGCUAAGAUUACUGCUUAUACUUUCAUCUCGAAAGAAGAGUUUCAUUUGUUCACUUACAUGCUUUGAUUAUCCCCUCUGAAUUAUAGGCCAACCCUUGUUGUUUAGCCUGAGAUUUCUGUAGCGAUUUCUUCUCAGGUAUGGAACCACAGUCAUUAAGAUGUUGGCCAGAAUAGAACUGCUGGUGAAACAUUUUAUUCAUCAUGAAGUGAUCUUUAUCAGUAUUCUAGAUUAGACAACAAUUUACCUUUCUGGGUGUUCCCUGUAAAUUACACUCCUAUUUGAAUUAUAAUAAAUCCUUUUAUAUUAAAGUUUUUUAAGUACAAGAGCUUUGUAGCAUAAGAGAAGUAGCUAAGGCUAUUUAAUAUAUAACAUAUAUAUAUAUACACACACAUAGACACAUAUAUAUACCCCUAUGUCAUUCUCCUCUUAAAAUGUGCCAUCGGGAUGGAAGUUUUAAAUUCAUGGUACAAGCAUUGCUCUGGAUGUGCCUGCAGAGAGGCAGAUGACUUUCUAAUAAUUGAAGAAAGCAGAACAUAUUCCCUGCUACUUGUAUUAUUGCAGUCCUAUCAGCAGACAUUCUUAUGAGAGACACAGACCAUGUUACAUAAACUAUCUCUGUCCUGUUAUAGAAUGUCCGGAAAAUGCUAGUAAAAAUAAAGGGAAACAGCCCACAUCAACCCUGAAAAUAAUUGGAAUUAUGUAGAAUAAGGCCCAAAGAGGAUCAAAAGCAAAUUGUUACUCUGCAAAACUCGAAAUCACCACAGGCAACUCCUUGCUUGAGUCAGGCAUUUAAGAAAUUAUAGUAGGAUAAAAUUAAAUUUGCUAUUUCUGUAAACCAUUUUUUACUCACUUAUUUGUAUAAAAAUAGUGCUCUACUGGCUUGCUUUUGU